AUGGGCUUUGAGCUGCCAGAGAUUUUUGUCAAUGCACCAUUUUCGUGGGGGCCGCCGCCAAACGAGAUGGAGUUGGGUGGCAUGAAGGUGCGGCUCUACCAGAAGACGGACCCGAUUUACCCAAGCGACUGGCUCGAGGUGAUGGCGGAGCAGGCGACGGAGAAGAAGCAGUUCAUCACCGUUAAGGACGAGAAUCGUCUGAAGGCGCUGCGCAACCUUUGCGCGAAGGAUCGCCGUCAUGGCCCGGAGCGGCGCUUUGUGAAGCGUCCCCACAACCCUCGCAGUCAUUUUGCCAACAAGGUUAAACGCAAUCUUACACUCCUUCCAGACACCGUUCGGGUGCCAACGGAUGUUCGUAUUUUUGCCGAGUUUACACAGGCGGAGCUGGCCAAGAUGCAAAACAUUCAGGAUGCCCCUAUUGUGACGGACAUCUCCCUUCACAACUGCCCCUUGGUCUAUAACAGUGCUAUGGAAAAGGCGACAUGUAAGACUCCAAUUCGACUCGACGAAGGCAGUAAAAGCCAGGACUUUUUUGCGCGGUCGAACACGGGGACCGAUGUAACUCUCCGCGAAAUUCUUAAAACUAAGGUGACUGGGACGCAUCCUAUUGUUGUGGCAACGGAUGAGAUCCUUGCUCUUAUGAUGACGUGCAGUCGUAGUGUACACCCAUGGCAUCUUGAGAUUUUUCGUUACAAUCGCAUUGUGUUUAUUUCAAAGGCGGAUAAAAGCAAUAUUGAGAUGCAGUGGGUUGGUGAAACAGCGGACGCCUCGCGUCGUCCUGUUGAAAACGACCCUAUUCAAUCUGAGCGCAUCACUGCCCUUGCGAAGGAGUCUACGGAGGUAAAUAACGCGUUUGUCGCGCAGGCAUGCUCGAAAACGCGUUAUCAGAUGAAGUGUGAAAAGAACCCAUUUCCAGGAAUUCAGCCCCGCCUGUAUCGCUAUCGCCGUUUUGUGAUGCAUGCCGACACGGAGGACCGCUACGAUCUAAUUGUUCGAUGUGAGGUGGACGCGGUUGAGGGUGGCAAAUACGUCCGCAUCUUUGGGCUUUUGGAACAGUGUGCAGAGGGGGCUGAAAGUGAGUGGCGCAAGACGUUGGACUCGCAAGGGGCCAAGUGGAUUUCGGAUGAAUACCGCAGAAACGCGCAAAAGAUGUCCCGCUGGGUGUCUCUCUGCCAUUUGUCAGGGGCUUUGAUGAAGAUUGGCUUCGUGACGCGCUGUUGCCGGAGUAACGGGACGUUGGACCCGACAAAGCACGAGGUUCUCGCCACGCAGACCAAGGACCCCGGCCCGCUCUCCGCCCAGCUUGGCAUUAAGGUGGGGAAUAUGUGGGCCAUUGCGGACGCCAUCAUUAUGACGGUUUUGAGGCAGCAGGAUCUCAGGGAGGCUCUUCUCGUGAAGAAGAGCGGCGAUCAGUCCAUUCUGCUCAUUGAGAAGUUGGAAGAUGAAGAGGACGAGGAGGAGGAGGACGAAGAAGAGGACGAGGACAACAAUGACGAGGAGUAG